UAGCGAAAAUAGCUGUUGAGCUAGCAGGCGAACGAAGCUAAGCUAAGAUGGCGGCCAAAUUAUUUAUAUUAGCUCAUGUUGAUAGCAUGCUAACAGCCUGUACGUCGUUCGCUCUUGCGCCCACAGCUUAGGCAGCUAUAAGUUAGUCAGCGCCUUCGACUUCAUAUGUAAAUCUUGUCUUUUUAAAAAUAUGUUAUUGCUUGGAAACGAGAAAAGUAUUGAGUGAUAGUACUUCAUGUGUUAGUUCUUACUGGAAUUAACAGCGUUAACGGCAGUGCAUCGUUUUACACGAUGCCUCACACAAGACGACACUCGUCUUCGGACAGAGACAGUCGAAGCAGCUACCAAGACCGUUACAGAGACCGAGACAGAGACAGAGGGCGAAGACACCGGCACAGAAGAUCUCCUACUUACUCCUCCAGCAGUGACAGAGACAGAAGAGGACGGGGACACAGACAGGAAGGAAGCUUUGUACGCUCAAGGAGUCGUAGCUUUGACAAUCGUUCAACGGAACAUCGGCCAUUUGACAGAAGAUACUGCGAGGGAUACAGGCGCUUGGAUCAGAGCCGAGAUCGAGACCGUGACAGAGAAAGGGAGCCGCAUGGAGCUGCUGAAAAUUAUUAUACACGCGACUUCUCCCCAAACGUGUACGACUACCGACGUGGCCGAGAGAGGGAGCGCGAACGGGAUGAGUCUUACCGACGAAAAGGCAGCAGGCGUAAGCACAAACGAAGGCGGCGUAGAACCAGGUCCUAUAGCCCAUCUUCCUCGCGGAGCAACAGCCGGACGCGGGCACUGAGUGUGAGGGACGACGAGGAAGGGCACCUGAUCUGUCGGAGUGGGGACGUCCUGCAAGAGAGAUAUGAGAUUGUCAGCACUUUGGGGGAAGGCACCUUCGGGAGGGUGAUGCAGUGCAUUGACCACCGCAGAGGUGGAGCCCACGUAGCUCUGAAAAUUAUCAAGAAUGUGGAGAAGUACAAGGAAGCAGCUCGCCUGGAGAUCAAUGUAUUAGAGAAGAUCAAUGAAAAGGACCCUGACAACAAGUUCCUGUGUGUACAGAUGUAUGACUGGUUUGACUACCACGGUCACAUGUGCAUCUCCUUUGAGCUACUAGCUCUCAGCACCUUCGACUUCCUAAAAGAAAACAACUACCUGCCCUACUCAAUUGGUCAGGUCAGACACAUGGCCUACCAACUCUGUCUCGCUGUGAAAUUUCUCCAUGACAAUAAGCUGACUCACACAGACUUAAAGCCUGAGAACAUCCUCUUUGUCAACUCAGACUUCACAAUGUCCUUCAAUGUAGAGAAGAAGCGAGAAGAGCGGACAGUUAAGAGCACGGCAGUACGUGUGGUCGACUUCGGCAGUGCCACUUUUGACCACGAGCACCACAGCACCAUCGUGUCCACGCGGCAUUACCGUGCCCCUGAGGUUAUACUAGAACUGGGCUGGAGCCACCCCUGUGAUGUGUGGAGCAUUGGCUGUAUACUGUUUGAGUACUACCUGGGCUUCACCUUGUUUCAGACUCAUGACAACAGAGAGCAUUUGGCCAUGAUGGAGAGAAUCUUGGGACCGGUGCCCUCUAGGAUGAUUCGUAAGACGAGGAAGCAGAAGUAUUUCUAUCGUGGCCGUCUAGACUGGGAUGAGAGCUCCUCAGCGGGGAAAUACGUCAGAGAAAACUGCAAACCCUUACGGCGGUACUUACUAUCGGAGGCGGAGGAACACCACCAGUUAUUUGACCUCAUUGAAAGCAUGUUGGAGUACGAGCCCUCCAAGAGGCUGGUGCUGGCCGACUCCCUCAAACACCCGUUCUUUGAGAAUGUGGGCGUUGACGAGGCAACGGGCAGCAAGAACUGGGAGGGCAACCGGGAUAUCAGCCGGUGACCCAUGAGCCUCCAAAGACUGAAUGACAGUCACUAAUGACAUCAAGUCUUUUAUAUUUGGAGCAGGUGAACUGUUGAGUAAAUCGAGACUUGGGGAUGUUCUGUCGUUUGUCAUUAAAGUAUGGACACCUUAAGUUCUUGCCCCUCCGAUGUCCACUUCUGCUGCCACAGGAGGCACGUUUUUGCAGCAGAGAGACCAAAAUCGCCCACAAAAGACUGGAGAAGAGUCCGAAAGAAUGGUAUCUGGUGGCCACAGCCUCAGAAGUAGCCCUCUAUGCAGCUCCUGUCUUCCUUUUUGACUUCAGAAGCACCUUCCUCCUUUCCAUCCGUCCGUCUAUUACAGCAUGUAAAGAAAAUAGUUCACCUUUCUAUGGAAAUAAGCACUACAAAAUCAUCCAUACACAAAAACUCUACUUGGGACAAGAAAUGUCUUCCGAUUCUGAAGUCGAAGGAAAGGGUAAAAAGGAGAUAGAGCUGUAUGCAGUGCAAGUCCUCACUGACAAUUCUAAACAUGGAGACAUGCAAGAUUUUAUAUAAUGCCAACAUCCAAUCAUUCAAAUUGAAUAUCAUCUUUCCUUGGAAAUUUAAAUAUCUCCAACAGAGAGAUGCGUCUCAAGUUUUUGUUUGUUUUUGUUAAUGUGAGUACUUGCAUUUGUUUAUUUUUUUAUGUAUAAAAGGAUUAUCCCUCAUCGAGAUUCACCCAUAAUCUCCGGUCAGUAGGCCUGUUCUUAUUCGCCAACGAGAUCAUAAUUGUGAUGGACACUCCACACACGGUCCUCUGCGGACUGUCUUAUCGAUAAAUAUGUUUGUUACGUUAUGCAGUGCUUUCUGAGUGUGCGUGCGUGUGUGUGAGUGUGUGUUUAUAGGGGUGCGAUGACACGUUCAUCUUUGUUUUUCUCGGUGGCUUCUUAGUAGUUCAGCAUUGGUCAUGGUUACAGUCUCACAUUUCUUUUGUGAACACAGAAAAACAUAAACUGCCUUUUUCAUGUGUGAUUUGGUCAGACCAGACAUCUCUCCAUUGAGGUUAAGCACACAGCUCCUGGUGGUAGCCACUGAGCCACACACAACUCCUGGUGACAGUAUUUAUUUUGAUUUCCAAUAGGUCAUAGUCUCCACCCCGUCACCUGUACAUGACUUUUUUUUGUAUGAAAUUAAAGCGUAUAAAAUUGUAUAUAUGUAUGAUUGUGUAGAAUUAAAGUUAAGUCCUCCUUGCCAAAGGCUUAUGAUGCUCUCAGUGUCAGUUCGGCCUCUGGUAGCAAAAGGGAGGUGAUCUGUCUUUAAAUACCA